AUGGCUAUCUCAGAAAAGAGACAUGCCGUGCCUGUCAGCGGAAGCUCAGAUGCUGCUGAACAGACGGAUGUUAGUGUAGAUGUGCCGAUUGCAGUAGAGGAUGAAACCUCGACGGGCGAGAAGAAGUCUGGGAGUCCGUAUCUGAGAAUCUUUACCUAUGCAGGGCGAUAUGAACAAAUCAUAUUGGCCAUUUCGAUUCUCGCUGCAAUCGCUUCUGGAGCUGGCAUUGCCCUCCAGAAUCUCAUUUUUGGAAACUUUGUCACGACCAUCACCGAUUUUGUCAUCGAUCCUGCGUCGGGUGGUGAGAAACUCCGCCAUGAUUCCGCAAAGUUGGCGCUCUACUUUGUCUAUCUCGGCAUCGCCAGAUUUGUCCUGUCUUACGCAUACAACGUCCUCUUGACAUACAACGCAUAUCGAAUCGUUCGAAACAUCCGGCAUGCAUAUCUCAAGGCGGCGCUGAGCCAAGAGGUUGCCUACUAUGAUCUCGGCACAAGUGGAUCGAUUGCGACGCAGGCAACCUCCAAUGGAAAGCUCAUUCAAGGCGGCAUUGCAGAGAAGCUUGGCCUGACGUUUCAGGGACUUUCUGCUUUUGUUACUGCCUUUAUCGUUGCGUUCGUUACUCAAUGGAAACUAACCCUCAUUUGCCUUUGCAUUGCGCCGACUACGAUAGUCGUCAUGGCGUUUGUCGGUAUCAGCGAAGCAGGCGUCGAAACCAAAAUCUUCGACACUCAUGCCAAGGGCAACGCCUUUGCUGAAGGAAUACUAGGCAGUGCGAGAACCGUACAUGCCUUUGAGAUGCGAUCGAGGCUUGUUAAGAAGUUCGAUGAGUACUUGAGCGAAGCUCACAAGUAUGGACGCCAGCUCUCGCCUUGGUUCGCGGCGCUCUUCUCGAUCGAAUACACAAUCAUGUAUCUGGGCUUUGGGCUUGCUUUCUGGCAAGGCAUUCAUCUUUUCGCCAACGGAGAGAUCAAGUCGUCAGGCGCAAUCUUCACGGUGUUGUUCUCCGUGACGAUUGCGACUAUUAGCAUUACGGCUUUGGCUCCGUAUUCUAUCGAAUUCGCGAGAGCUGCGUCGGGCGCUGCCCAGCUUUUCGAGCUGAUUGACAGGCAAUCCAACAUUAAUCCAUUUGAUGGAUCUGGAGACAAGCCCCCGGAAGUCAUUGGCCAUAUCGAACUGGAAAAUGUCGACUUUGCGUAUCCUUCUCGGCCUGGAAUUACUGUGCUAGAUGAUUUUUCACUGAUUGUUCCAGCUGGAAAGGUUACAGCUUUGGUGGGUCAAAGUGGUUCUGGAAAGAGCACAAUUGUUGGCCUCCUUGAGCGUUGGUACAACCCCAAGUCUGGCGUCAUUAAGCUAGAUGGCAAACCAGUCAACGAACUCAAUCUUAACUGGCUUCGAAAACAUGUUCGACUCGUCCAGCAGGAGCCCGUGCUGUUCCAGGGUUCGGCAUUUGACAACAUUGCUCACGGUCUGGUUGGCACAAAGUGGGAGCAUGCCUCUAGAGAGGAAAGGAUGGCCCAGGUGGAAGAAGCUGCUAAAAUUGCUUUCGCCCACGACUUCAUCUCGGAACUGCCAAACGGUUAUGACACGCAGAUUGGACAGAGAGGCGGUUUGCUCUCUGGAGGCCAGAAGCAGCGCGUUGCCAUUGCGAGGAGUAUCGUUUCUCAACCCAAGGUUUUGUUACUCGAUGAAGCAACGAGCGCGCUUGAUCCUCACGCCGAAGGCGUUGUCCAGAGGGCACUUGAUAGAGCUUCUGAAGGGCGAACCACAAUUGUCAUCGCUCACAAGUUGGCGACCAUUCGCAAGGCUGAUAACAUCGUCGUUAUGAAGAAAGGAAAGAUCAUUGAACAAGGGACACAUGCUGGCCUAAUGAAGCAAGACGGAACUUAUGCCCAGUUGGUGCGCAUCCAGGAUCUAGCUGUCUCAAAGAACCAGUCGGAUACCGAAUCAGAGGACCAAGAUGACGAAAAAGAAGCACAUGAUCCGGCUGAUCUUGUCAAGAGCUUGAGCCGAUACGCCACAAGGGAUCAAGUGCGCCUCGAGCAGCAGAAAGAGAGGGACAACUACGAACAUUACGAAAAGCUGGGAUUCGUGUCUGUCGUCUGGAAACUUGUGGUUGAUCACCCAGAGUUGAGGUGGGCAUACAUAUUCUGCGUUCUUUGUUGCCUUGGAGGAGCUGCUGGAUUUCCAGGCCAAGCGAUUCUUUUGUCUAGCACGAUCGAUGUCUUCACUUUGACUGGCUCAGAAAUGACCAAAAAGGGCAAUUUCUUUGCUGCCAUGUUUAUUGUUCUGGCGGCGGGCUGCUUGAUCUUUUACGGAGUACUAGGGUUUGCUACCAAUGCAAUCGCUCAGACUCUAUCCCACAAACUUCGACGCCAAAGCUUGAACGAUAUGCUACGCCAAGAUCUCCAGUUCUUCGAUCGUCCGGAAAACAACAUCGGCGCCUUGGCUAGUCGCGUCGACGCCAAUCCACAAGCCAUCUUAGAGCUCAUGGGCUUCAAUAUUGCUCUGAUACUGGUAGCCGUGUUUAACAUCACCGCAUGCAGCAUCUUGGCUAUCGCAUACAGUUGGAAGCUGGGACUCGUAGUUGUCUUUGCUGGCUUGCCACCAAUGGUAGGAUCGGGCUGGUUCAAGAUCAGAUUGGAUGUAAAGCUCGACCACGGCAUCUCAAUGCGACAGUCGAGAAGUGCUGCUAUUGCUUCGGAGGCUGUCACCGCCAUACGGACUGUGUCAUCUCUGGCUAUUGAGGAGUCGGUUCUCAAUAGUUACACUCAUGAGUUGGACCAGGCGAUUGUUGGAUCGGUGAAGCCAAUGUCCAUCAUGAUGGUUUGCUUUGCUUUCACACAGUGCAUCGAGUAUUUCUUCCUUGCCUUGGGAUUCUGGUAUGGAUGUCGCCUUGUCUCGUUUGGAGAGACUAGCAUGCAUAACUUCUAUGUUACCUUUUUGGGUGUCUUUUUCUCUGGUCAAGCAGCCUCACAGCUGUUUCAGUUUUCGACUAGCAUCACCAAGGGCAAAAAUGCGGCCAAUUACAUCUUUUGGCUUAACCAACUCCAACCCAUUAUGCAAGAAACACCAGACAAUGCAGAUAAAGGUCCAAAGUCUGGUGGCCCAAUUGCCCUUGACAGUGUUCACUUCUCGUAUCCCCUGCGACCAGAGGCGCCUGUGUUGAGAGGUAUUAAUCUAGAAAUUCAAAAAGGACAGUUUUAUGCUCUUGUUGGCGCAUCCGGCUGCGGCAAAUCCACCAUGAUUGCUAUGCUUGAGCGGUUCUACGACCCUUCCACUGGAAACAUUAGCAUUGACGGCGAUAAGCUAACGGAGCUGAGCCCGCGACUAUAUCGCCGAGUCGUCUCUCUGGUACAGCAAGAACCAACUCUUUUCCAAGGCUCCAUUCGCGAGAACAUCGCACUCGGUAUUGAUGACCCGACUGUCGGCUCUGGCGAAACCACGGUGGAAGUCACAGCUUCGGACUCAAAGGUUGAGGCAGCUUUACGCGCUGCUAAUGCUUGGGAUUUCGUGUCUUCGUUGCCUGACGGUCUCGCCACUGCUGCUGGUCCAAACGGCACACAGCUCUCCGGCGGUCAGCGUCAACGCAUUGCAAUUGCUCGCUCUUUGAUCCGCAAUCCCAAAGUCCUGCUGCUCGAUGAAGCGACCAGCGCAUUAGACACCGAAAGCGAAAAGAUUGUUCAGAGUGCGCUGGCCGAGGCAGCAAAGGAAGGAGACCGAAUUACUAUUGCGGUAGCCCACAGGCUGUCGACAAUUAGAGACGCAGAUAUGAUUUGUGUCUUUUACGGAGGAAGGAUUGUGGAGAUGGGGAAGCAUGUUGAUUUGGUAGCGCAGGGCGGCAUGUAUAGAAAGAUGUGCGAGGCGCAGAAUUUAGACGGAUGA